AUGCGAGAUCUAUCCCAUCAGCAGAUACUCGAAGCUGAAAGACAAAAAGUUUCUAUGUAUCUUUCACUUCAAAAUCGCAUUAUCAUUAAUAUAAGUGGAGUUCGCUUUGAGACAUAUAAGUCUACUCUGGAAGCCUAUCCAAAUACGUUGUUAGGCAAUGCAGAGCGACGCAAAUAUUAUUAUGAUAAUAUUCUUGAUGAAUAUUUCUUUGAUCGUCAUCGAGGAUGUUUUGAAGCUAUUCUCUAUUAUUAUCAAUCGAAGGGUCGAUUACGUAGACCAAAUUUGGUACCACUCGAUACAUUUCUUGAAGAAAUCACAUUUUUUGAUUUGGGUCAAGAUGCUUUUGCUCAAGUGCGCAAAGAUGAAAAUUUGAAAGAGGUUGAAAAAACUCAAUUACCUCGAAAUCGUUGCCGUCGCAUUUAUAAUAGUUUUGCAUUAUUGCGCGUUCUUCGAUGUGCUCGUAUAUUUAAAUUUUAUCGAGUUUUUAAAAAUAUCAAAACCAUGCGUGUUCUUGUCGUGACCGUAAACGAAUCGAUGCCCGAUUUCCUAGUUUUAGCAGUCACAUUGAUGCUAAUGGCCUUUCUCUUUGGUACAGCUGUCUACCUCAUCGAGGGUACAAAUGAUAAUUCGGCUUUGGACUCCAUACCGAAAGCUACCUAUUGGGGUAUUGUGACACUCACUAGUGUUGGCUAUGGUGAUAUAGUGCCGGUCACAGCUCUCGGACGUCUGACUGCUAUUAUAUGUGCAUUGAGUGGUGUGGGAACUAUUGGAACAACUGGAUUCGACUUUAUGCUGCAUCGUUUAUGUUUGUGUUUACAAAAACAAAUAAAACGCAAACGUUUAAACGAUAAUGUUACAACAACUUAUACUGGAUUUAUAGCACAACAUGGGCGAGCUUUUCAAUUGGUCGAAAGAUUUGGUUGUAUUAAUCUAGCUGAGCAAAAAUUUGAUAAUGGUAAACUUAUAUCAUUAUAA